CCAUGACCGCACCAUGGCCGCACACCGCCGCUCCGACUCCCGACUCCACUACUUCCAGUCACGUCAAUCAAGAUCAUCAUCAAUCAAUGUCCCAAACGCCCCUCUUCGGCCCACUUUAGGUGAGUAUGUGAUGAGCUUCUAUAUGGGCACACCCCCAAUUAAGAGGUGGGCCAUCAUCGACUCAGGCAGCUCGUUGUUGUGGGUUCAAUGUGAGCCUUGCGUAGAAUGUUAUGAAAUGAAUCAGCCCCUAUUCGACCCUUCCAGGUCAGUGACGUUCGACAAGGUUACCUGCAGCAAUAUUUUUUGUGAGGUCGAGUACACCGCCUCGUGCAAGCCCAACACUAAUGUCUGCAUAUUCAAGGAGACAUUUGGGGAUGGUGCAGUGACGGAAGGCGACGCUGCUUAUGAGGCAUUCAUCUUGGAGGAUACCAACGGUCCCAACAUUACGCUUGAAAGCAUCAUCUUCGGUUGUGGCCAUGAAAUUACCGGAGCCUACGACGAAGAUGAGGCCGGUUUGGUGGGCCUCAGCAGGGAUCCGUAUUCGUUUGUUAGGCAGAUAGGGGCCCUUAAAUUCUCCUAUUGCUUGGUUCCAUUCUAUUAUUUGAAAACCUGGAGCAAGAUCCUUUUUGGAAAGCAAGCUCAACUUACAGGCAAUUUUACACAGAUGUUAAAGGUUAAGGGCCAAGAAGAGUUUUACCAUGUCAGUCUUGACGGCAUCAGCGUCGGGAAUAACCGGCUACCAAUCAAAGAAGGACUAUUCCAUGCCAAUGAGAAGGGUGAGGGAGGAUUCAUAGUCGACUCGGGCACAACAUACACACUCCUCUUCAAGGAAGGUCUCGAUGCCUUAAUCAGUGCAUUGGAUGAUGAAAUAUUUCUAGACCCGGCUGAGGACCCCUACGGAAGACUUCAUUUGUGCUACUAUGUAAAUUCGAUCAAUGACUUUGAGGUCACACCAGACAUAACAUUUCAUUUCACCGGAGCCGAUGUAGUUCUACCCAAGAUAGGGACCUACACAGAGGUAGAUCGCGGCAUAUAUUGCCUGGCCAUGAAGCCGACCACUGACGUUUCGAUCUUAGGAAAUCUAGCACAGCAAAAUCGCAUUGUGGGCUAUGACCUUGAUAAGGAAUUGGUUGCUUUUGCCAAGGCCGACUGUACCAAAUUCUAGUGUUUGC